AUGGAUGAUUUAUAUCAGUUACUAGGUGUUCCUAGAGAUGCAGAUUCAAAAACUAUUAAGAAAGCAUAUCAUAAACUAGCUAUGGAAUUGCAUCCUGAUAAAGUAAAAGACCAAACUCAAGAAGUUGAAAUAAAAUUUCAAAAAAUUAUAGAAGCUUAUACAGUGCUGAUUAAUCCUUCAACACGUGCAGAUUAUGAUGAUAGUCUUAAAAGGAAAGAAGAAGAAAAUCAACGUUUUAAUUCAAUGGAUUCUGAUCGAAAAAGAAUGAUUGAAAAACUAAAUGCAAUGGAAAAUGAAAAUAAUAAGAAAAAGGCCGUUAAUUUGGAUAUUUACCGAGCAGAUUUAGAAAAUGAAAUUUCAAAAUUCGAAGCAGCGCAACAAAACUCAAUGUCAUUUAAUCAAUUCGAAAAUUUAGUAAUACAAACCUUAUUAAGAAUGGGAUAA